AUCCUCGGAUACCUUAUCAAGAACAAAACAGAUCUCCAAUUCGACGAACUGGCUUAGUUCUAUUUCAGUUCUACUUCCAACUUGCUCGACACACAACGGAAACGGCAGCACCAUGCUGCUACUUAGGCAAACGUUGUUCAUAUUAUUGGUGCUGCACCUCAGCGUUGCGGAGCGAGUGCGGGUUAAAAAGGAAAUGUCGUUGCUUUGCAGUCCCAAACAACCAGAAAUUGACUGGAAAGCACUGGAGCGCAAACAACCCAUCGAAGAUAUCGAGUGCGGUGAGGUGAUUGCCUAUCUGCAGGCUCUGAGUCGUUACUACGGUCGCCGCUGUGAACGAAAGGGCAAUGAUUGCGGCGGUAAGGACAUCUACCCGAUGAAAUGGUUCGACAAAGUUGGUAUCAUGAUUACCACAAUGUGCCAGAAGCUGGAUCAGUAUCAAAAAGCGGCGAUAUCCAAGCAAACAGCACAGCAAAACCCGAACAUGAUAAAAUCGGAAGUUAAGUUGCCACUUUCCAAUAAGCCGAAGAAAUGUCGCCCGAAGAUAAGCAUUUAGUGUUCACUAUUGGUUGGAUUAGGUAAGACGUAAUUUUAUGUUGGCACGUGUUUGCUAUAAAUGGAAGCAGUAACUAAUAAUUAUGAUUAUUAGCAGUAAUAAGCAGAAGUUCAUUUGGUUUAACUGAUUUCAAUAAAAGGCAUAAGUCUUAGAAAUGUCCAGACUACAGUUUAGCAAGUUCCGAAACAACGUAAUCAUGGGUUUCAAGGCAAAAUUAGUGUUGAUCUCCUUAGUUGUUCUCCAGACUAAAUUCACCAAAGCUGGGGAUCAGGGUAAAUCUCUUCUCGGAAAAAUGCCCCUUCCGCCGCCAGAUCCGGCUGACGUCGAGGCAGCUAAAAAAUUGGCACCUCCGUCAGACCCGACGGACUUCCAACCAACGCUGCACAAAACGUCUCCGAAUUCGUUUGACUACGUGAACUCAAUAGGCUCUCAACCCACAUUACACCAAAUGUCUUCGGGAUCGUUCGACAGUACAGACCCCAUGGCCCAUCGACCAAUGCUACACAACCUGCCAGCCGCUUCUGAUGGUAUGUCAGAACCUUCCAGUGCUGCGGGUAGUCAACCUCGCUACUGCUACUCCCAUGGGCCAUUGCUGCCGAACUCAUUGCUACCGAAAGCGAACAAAGGAGCCAGCUCGAUAGAUGUUGGGACCGUGAGCUGCGAAGAAACGGUUGGCUAUCUGCUGGGAAUGAAUCGGUGGUACGAUCGCAAGUGCUCGAACAUGGGGACGGAGUGUCCGAGCAAGAUUCGAUAUGCGGUGGGCUGGUUUAUCGCAGCUGCGAAUAUGGUGAAAUCCCGAUGCAAUUUGACUUUAUAGAGAAGUUUUGGUAUAUUUCAAUAUGUCAAUAAAAAGCAAAACUUUUUGAGAGGAAACCAAUAAAUGAGAAUGAGAUAAUUUUUAAUUAAUUAAAUUCAAGGAUAUUUAGUCUGUAUCGACAGGUAGUGGAUAAAUUACUUUGAGUUUUAUUUAAAUGAGCCAUGUAGCCAUAUUGUUUUCCAGGCCUCAAAUGAAAGACAAAGGAAUCAGGCGGUAUAGUA